UUGGGUGCUAUUUAAAUAUGGAUCCAAAACCCCUUCUCCUCGGCAGCUGCCCUGAACGGGAUUUUUCGUGUGAAAUCCAGAAAAAUUCCUCGCAAAUUUCCUCCAUCACUGCUACUAAACACGCGCGCACUGAGAAAAAAGAGCGACAGAGAGAGCUACCAUCGUUCCGGCGUAUCCGAUUUCAAAUCAAAUUGGGCGAUGUGGGGUUCCUUCUCUGCCACAACUUCUGGGUUUUGAAAGCGAUUUCGGGAUUGGAUAACUCGGACUGUUUUGAUUUGAUGGGUCGCUCGUUUUGAGCCUCAUAGAGCGAAACAGAGGUGGCGGUGAGUUUACACUGAAUUCUGUUUGUGGCUCUCUGUGAUACUUCAGAAACCCACAGAUUGGCUGGUUCUGUGACGUGGGAUAUAAAUGGUAAUUGGCGGCAGUAUUAUUGGAAUUUGCGCUCUACGCUUUAAUUUUCGGUUGCUUUGAAAGUGGAUCGAAUCAAGCGAGAUAUAGCAGAGAAUUUUCGAUUGCCAGCCUUCAGAUCUCUGAAGUUACUGGUCUCCUCUGUUCAUAUGGUUCUGGCUUGUGCGGUUAUGUAAAUUUAAUCUCAGGUAAUGUUCAAGGAUCCCAGUGAGGAUUAAAGUUUACUAUUGAGUUAUGGAGUGUUCUUAUGAAACAUUAAACAAAGAUGAACCCACUGAUCCUUGCCUCCAAAUCAUUACUAGCAAAUCGCCUUUGUCCUGGUUUGAUUUGAGAGUGUUCUAUGUGAGAAUCAGCAACUUUGAGGUGGAUGAUUCAACUCCUGAGUUUCUCACCCUUAACCAUAUCCCCCUAAACCGCGACACCCUCCUCGAAGUCAAUGGUGCCCGAAGUGGCAUCUACUCGGAUGGAGUCUCCUCCCUUCUCAGACGGGAUCGGGUGGAUAAGAAAUCCGAAGAGGCCACAUUCGUGUGCACAGACAGUAUCAGACUGACUGGGAGUGUGAAGUUUGAGGUUUUCGAUAGGGAGGAUUUUGUGCUCUCGGGAGUCUUGGAGAUGUCUUGUAGGAACGGUUUCACCGGGGAGUCGAAAGGCGAUACGAGGCGAUGGAGCAUGAAUUGCGAGUCGGGGACAACCAAUGGCUCCAGUUUCUUGAGAAUAAAACAUCAAACCACUGGCCCCGAACUGCCAUUGCCAACCAUCGAGGUUUACAUUGCGGGGUGCUUCGCAGGAACACCAAUCAUCCUGACCAAGACCCUACAGCUUAGUCAUAGGAAGAAGCACAAUAGGAAGGGGAUGCUGGACUCAAUCCCAGAGAAUGAAACUACAGAAGGCCAGAAGAAUGUCCCCUCUGCACUUGACAUGAGUUCGGCAAUUCAGGUAUCGGAAUACAAGAGCUACAAGCUCGAGACCAAAGAAGAAGAAGAAGAGUAUGAGAAGUACUACUACUGGAGGGCAGAGUUUGGAGAAGGGGAAGAUGGGGAGCUGUCAUGGUUCAAUGCAGGGGUGAGGGUUGGGGUGGGAAUUGGGCUGGGCAUUUGCCUUGGAAUUGGAAUUGGGGUUGGCUUGCUUGUACGAACUUACCAAUCUACCACUCGUGGCUUCAAAAGACGCCUUCUGUAAUUUCUCUCCCGCGCCCCCUUUCCUCAUGCUCUGCAUAAUAAAACACACAAGGCACACUAACUCCAGUCUCGUGUCCUUGAGAUGCAUCUUUCUCUCCAUUUUAAGUUUCUUUGUACUCCCUCUUUCGCUUGUACAAAACGGCAGCAGCUAACAACAUUUUGUUUCUUCCCAAUCAUGGAUUUCGAGCUUAUUAAAUAUAAUUUUGUUUAAAUAUAA